ACAGCCUGGCGGGUCCUGGGCUGUUUUGCGCUUUGCUGUCACAUUUCACUUUCAAAAUAUUGUAAAUAUUAACUCUCAACCAUGGCUUCGUUUGUGACUGAAGUGCUGGCCAGCUCUGGCAAACUGGAGAAGGAGGACUUGUCCGGGAAAAUCAGCAAGAUGUCGCGGAAAGUGGAGGAAACGAAGGAGGAAGUUUGUGACAUGAUUAAUAAGAGGUAUGGAGAAUUCUUGCCCACUCUUCAAAGCUCUGAAGACCUCAUGGUUCAGGUCGAUACGGUCUCCAAAGAAAUGGACACACUGAAAAACUGGAUUGAGACUGAGGUUUUGCAGAACGUCCACGUGGCUGUGGCUGAAUACACAAAACUGAAACAGCAGCUGGAGAAAAACACUAUCAUCAUCACCAUGUUGGAACACCUGAAAGAGUUUCACAAUGCGAUGGAGGAAUUUAACAAAGCUCUACCGGAGAAGAAGUACGUUGAUGCUGCCAACCAGCUGGAGCGGGCAAAAAAGAGUGUGGAUUCGUUGAAGAGCGAGAAGAUUUCUGAUCUGCCGCUCUUCAGUGUCCUCAGCUCGGAGCUGACGGUGCAGAGAGAAAACCUGCUGUUCCACCUGGGAGAUGAAUGGAAGCAGCUCGUCAUCUGGAAGCUGCCAUCCUCGAAGGACCCUGCCGGUGAGAAGUCGUACCUGAAGGUGGAGUUGAGCCUCAGUGAUGCCGGCAGGAAGGACGACGAGCUCAAGCCUCCUGCUCUGCUGCGCUGCGUGCUGCAAGCUCUGGCCAUUCAGGGAGCCCUGCAGCACAAGCUCAAACUCUUCAGUCAGGUGCUUCUGAAGAACAUGCUGAAGCCGCUGGUGAUGCACGCGUCUCUGGAGGUGAGGCUGAUGGAGAAGCAGGGCGAGGGCACCACCAUGGCCCUGCAAUGCUCGGAGCAGAGCCACGAGGAGCGAUCAGCUCCCGCAGUCGUCUACCGCAAACUGCUGCUGGUGCUGAAAACGCUUCAUUCUGCGCUGCUCGAUGUUUCUGUCGGGGAUAAAAAGCUCUCGACUCUCUUGGGGGAGCUGAUCUGAGAAAUGUCGCAGUGCAUCAUCCGCGAAUGUCUGCUGUAUUCCAUCCCCACAGACAGCAGCCAGCUGGAGAAUUACAGCACAGUGAUUAAGGAAACGGAGGAGUUUGAGAAGUCCCUGAAGGAGAUGGAGUACCUGCAGCGCGACUCCACCGACCUGCUCAAGUACGCCCGCGACGUCAACUGUCACUUCGCCAGCAAGAAGUGCAAAGACGUCAUCGUGGCGGCGCGCAAACUCAUGACGUCCAAAAUGCACAACACCGUGAAGAUCACGCCGGACUCCGAGCUUCUCCUCCUCAAGCUUCCCGCUCUGGGCUCACAGGCGGCCGUGAAGCGGGAGAGCGGCGAGGACGCGGCGCCGAUGGCGAACCCCAAGCAGCUGUCGCCGAUGAGCAUGCGGCUGCCGGCCUGCCGCAUCAGCGAGUCGGUGGAGCAGCUGAUGGAGCUGGCGCUGGACACGCUGCGUGAAGCCAUCGGGAGCUCCACACAGUGCGCCUUACAGCUCUUCUUCACCGUGCGCAACAUCUUCCAGCUCUUCUGCGACGUCGUGCCGACAUACCACAAGGAAAACCUCCUGAAGUUCCCUCACCUGGCCGCCAUCCAGCACAACAACUGCAUGUACCUGGCUCACCAGCUGCUCACCCUGGGCCACCACUUCCGGCCGCACCUGCCGCAGCCGCUCAACGAGAGCUUCGCCACCUUCGUGGACAUGGUGCCCGGGUUCCGGAAGCUGGGCGCUCAGUGCUUCUUAACUCAGCUGAAGGUUCAGAGCGCCGAGCUGCUGGAGAGACUCUCCACCGCCCACAACUUCUGCAACCUGGACGACGAAGACAACUACAUCGCAGCCAGCAAAGCUGUGAGGCAGGUCAUUCAUCAGCUCAAGCAGCUGGGCACGGUGUGGCAGGACGUCCUCCCUGUCAGCAUCUACUGUAAGGCCAUGGGCAGCCUCCUCAACACCGCCGUCACGGAAAUCAUCGCCAAGAUCAUGAUGCUGGAGGACAUUUCCUCCGAGGACGGCGAGCACCUCCACACCCUGUGCCAGAGCGUCAUCGAGGAGGGCCCGCUGGUCUUCAUCCCGCUGGCCGAGGAGAACCGGAACAGGAAGUACCAGGAGGAGGUGCCGCUCCACGUCAGGAAGUGGGGGACCUUCAGGGAGCUGGUCCUGGUGCUGAGAGCCAACCUGCAGGAGAUCGUGGACAGGUGGGCCGACGGGAAGGGUCCUCUGGCCAUGGAGUUCUCCAGCCUGGAGGUGAAGAGUCUGAUCCGGGCGCUGUUUCAGAACACGGAGAGACGAGCCGUCGCGCUCUCCAAGAUCAAAUAAACACUCUCGGCCUCAUCAUCAUCAUCAUUUCCGUUUUCUGUUUCUGCUAUGAACUUUAAUUUAACAGUUUGUCCCUUUUUUUUCUUUAUUCUCUUUAAUCCAAGACUUGAAAGAGUUGUGGAGAUCUUGUAGUAAUCCGUCUGCAGGGUCUGUUUGUGUUCAGCCUUCAGCCGCUCCUCUGUGCAUCAGUCCUCCUAUAUCCGCUGGGGGUUUAACACACGCAAAGCCAGCCGAUGUUGUGUAACCUCCGGCUCACCAUCCUGCUCCAGGGUCAACUCUGCUCUUACUUUUGAACUUCUUAAACUUUUCUAUACUCAUCUCGGGGUUUAUUCACGUUUCAAACCAAACGCCUGGACUGAGCGUGUGACAGUGACGAGCGCGCUCCGACCUCGCAUUUAUAGCUCGACUUUUCUUGUACGAGCCUUAAAACUGUAUAAUGGCAAAAUGUAUUAUUUCAAAUAAACCAAAACACGUAUCGAUUUUUCCAACAUUA